AUGCGAUCAGAAAUCGGGAAGAUAAUUCUGGAUAAUGUUUUUAAAGAACGAGAAGCAUUGAAUUUUCAAAUCGUACAAGCUUUAGGCAAAGCAUCAGAGCCUUGGGGUAUUGAGUGUUUGCGUUAUGAAAUUCGCGAUGUUCAGGUGCCACAAAAAAUCAAAGAAGCUAUGCAAAUGCAAGUUGAAGCAGAACGAAAAAAGCGUGCAUCCAUUUUAGAGUCAGAAGGACAACGUGAGGCUGCUAUUAAUCGAGCUGAGGGUUUAAAACGUAGCCAGGUAUUAGAGUCAGAAGGUCACCAGAUUCAAAUCGUAAAUAAAGCUUCAGGUGAAGCGGAGGCUAUCCAACGUCUAGCAGAAGCUCGAGCUCAGUCUAUCCAAACCAUUGCUCGUGCAAUCGGUACUAAGCGUGGAGCAGAUGCAGUACAGCUUACAGUAGCUGAACAGUACAUAGAAGCUUUCAGUGCUUUAGCGAAGACAACUAAUACAGUAUUAUUACCAUCUCAUAGUGGUGAUGUUGCAUCAAUGGUUACUCAAGCAUUGACUAUAUUUAAAAGUUUAGAUCAACCGAAAACCAACAUCGGUAAUGAUAAUGAUGGUGGAUGUAAUGAUGAGUCUUAUUCAGAAGUAGUAGCUGACCAACAGUCAAAUCCUAAUGUUAAUAAUAAAAAUGAUAGCGAUAAACGAGAAUAUAAAACCAUUACAUAUCCUAUCAAAUCCAGAUUAUUGUCAAAACCAAUUCAACAGACCAUUCAACGCUACAUACAGAAAAUAAUGAAUCUAACGGUUUUUCAAAACAAUUUUGAAAAGAUCCUACAAAAAAUACGAAAGGAUAAGGCCAGUAUUGUAAAAAAAGACUAGACAUGUUUAGAGAAAAUAAGGCAUUCAUACAUUUUUUAUUACAAAGUGUUCAAAGAAUUAGAGAGAUACGUCGGUGUAAAGUGGUUAAAUACAUAUGUCCUAGUUGUUUUGGUUUUUCCACUAUGUAUAUUGUUGCUCUUUGUUUUCUCCAGUAUAAUCGGACUACUAUUACGUGAAUAAAAU